CGGUCGGCUUUGUGGCUAAGAUCAAGAGGUAAAGAACUUGUGCUCAAGUGAUUCAGCAAGAAACCGCCCCUGUCCCCAGCACCGGAGUGGGCAGCACGCUCCAGGGCAGACAUGCGUUCAGCCGGCGCGCUGCUCGCCCUCUACUGCCUGGUCCUGAGCGCCCCUGGGGACCCGGCCCCAGAUUUCUGCUCCCAGGACCUUAACUUGGGUGUGAAACCAGGAUUUCCUGAACCAGUAAAGACCAAUAACCAGAGAGUCCUCGAAGCGGCCAGACACAGUGUUGAAAAAUUCAACAACUGCACGAAUGACAUGUUCCUGUUCAAGGAGUCCCACAUCAGGAGAGCUCUGGUCCAGAUAGUGAAAGGCCUGAAGUACAUGCUUGAGGUGGAAAUUGGCAGAACGACCUGCAAGAAGAACAGGCACCCCAGUCUGGACAACUGUGACUUCCAAACCAACCGCACCUUGAAGCUGACUCUGAGCUGCUACUCUGAAGUCUGGGUCAUCCCCUGGCUGCAAAGUUUCCAGGUGCCGGUUCUCCGCUGUCACUGACCUCCACUCUUCAGCAGCUGCAGCCAGCACUCUGGGCCAUCCUGAGCACUAGGGGUAGGAGGUGACUAUGCCUCACAGCCAGACGAAUGUCAUGUUGCAUUUUCUUCUACAACUAACUCAUUUUACUGCUGCGUGCACCCAGGUUCAGAGGCUAAGCAUACGGACCGAGGUGCUGGAGUCAGGGGCCCUAUCCCCACUGGUCCCAGGGCACUCAUAGGGGCUCAGGGGUCCAUCUCUUGGUCCGAGGAGUUGUCACAGUGCUGGGUGGGGGGCCGGUCUGCUACUGUACCUUGACCUUCUAUGGACAAAUAAAGCUGUGCAUAAAGA